AUGAGAAGCAACGCUUAUUGGUUUACAAUUCAGUUCACCAAUUCCAAAGACAAAAUUGUCGUUUGGACAGCCGACCAGGACACGCCAGUCAACAGCCAGGGCUCAAGAGUAUCUAUAAGGGGAGAUCGAACCAUGGUCUUGACAGACGUUGAUGGCAGAAUUAAAUGGCAGACAAAUACAACCAAUACUGAUGUUGCUGCAACUGAGCUUCUAAAUACAGGCAACCUCGUUUUGAAGAAUCGACAAGGCGAUAUUCUUUGGCAAAGUUUUUAUUUUUCUAUUGAUACUCUUUUGCCUUCUCAAUUGUUGACGAAGGACAAAAGAUUGAUAUCAUCCUUGAGAAAAGGAAGCUUGGAAUCAGGUUACUUUAAUUUAUAUUUUGGUAGUGACAAUGUUUUAUCGCUGAUAUCUAAUAGUCCUCAAAUAUCUAGCCUCCACUAG